AACUGGUUAAAUCUUAAGAUUAAAUUUAUUCAAAUUUAGUCAUUGAUUUUCUAAUACUAAUUAAUAUAAUAAUAACAUAGAGAAAAUAUUCCUCUGAUAUGUUAAUAAUUAUUGAUCAAAUUUGAUUUUGUGCAACAACCUUAAGCCUAUAAGAUGGAUAAAAAGAUGAAAAUUAAUAUUGCGUCAACUGCACUAUUAUUAUUGGAAAGUGACAGUGAUGAAGAAAUUUUAAUUAACAUUAAUCUUGUAAGAAAAAAGAGAAGGUUGGCAGUUGCUAAUUAUAUAACAAAUAUAGCAUUAAUAUAUAGUCCAGACGAUUUCAAGAGCCACUUUCGGUUACGUAGGGAAACAUUUGAGUUUCUUUUAAAUAUAUUAGCACCGUACCUUAAAACAAAAGGUAGAACUGGAGUAGGAAGACCUACGGAAACUCCAGAGAAACAAUUACUGGUUUCUUUAUGUAUGUUGGCAAACCAAGAAGUGUUUAGAAGUAUUUCUGAACGAUUUGAUAUUUCAAAAUCAACUGCCUGGUCUUAUGUUCACAAGGUAUGCUUUCUUCUGUCAAACCAUUCUGGUAAUUUUAUAAAGUGGCCUAGAGAAGCAGAAGCAAUUAAAACUAUGAGGGAAUUUAGGAGAAAGCAGGGUUUUAUGAAUGUUUUAGGAGCAAUAGACGGCACUGAUAUUCCGAUAUCUCCACCCUCUAGAGAGCAAAAUGUGUAUUGCAACAGGAAUAAGUAUCAUUCCAUAAUUCUUCAAGCCGUUUGCAACGCAAAUUAUAUUUUUACAGAUGUUUUUAUAGGUUAUCCUGGAAGCACACACGAUGCAAGGGUAUUCCGUAAUUCAGACUUAGGUCAAAUGAUAGAGGAAAAUCCAAAUAUGCUAUUUCCUGCUAAUAGCCAUAUUUUAAGAGAUUCGGCAUACAAAAAUACAAAUUAUGUUUUGACACCAUACCGUGAUAAUGGUCAUCUAACCCAAAUCCAAAAAAACUAUAAUUUUAAACAUUCAUCUACGAGAGUUUGUAUUGAACAGUCAUUUGGUUUGUUAAAAGGCCGCUUCAGAAUUUUAAAACAUGUAAAUAUAUAUAGAACAGAAUUGAUUCCACCACUAGUUUUAGCUUGCUGUGUACUUCACAACAUUUGCAUGCAAAAAAAUGAUAUGGUUGAGCCAAUAUAUGAUCCGGAUGAGCUACAAAUGGCUGAAGCUUACAGUGCAGGUAGAAUUGAUAAUACAGGUUUAGCUAAACGAAAUUAUAUUGCUAGUUUACUUAUUAAUGAAUAAAAUUUAUUUUUCUUUA